AUGACGCGGAGGAAGGAGCCGGAUGGGGUAAUCGACGCCUCGACGCCUCAUUAUUCUUGCUUUGAAUCGAAUGGUGGCAAGAGCAGUGGCAAUAUUGUGCCGGUUUUUUCAAACGAAGAAGUGCAUGAAAGUUUUGAGCGGAAGAAAGUUUCUGUGCUUGAGGUCUUUAGGUAUGCUAGCAGGUUGGAUGUGGCUCUGAUGAUUGUUGGAUCAGUUGCUGCGGUUGGUGUUGGUGCGUCUUUACCUGCCUUUUCUUUUGUAUUUGGUCACAUGGUGAAUGAUCUUCUUUCUCCCACAGACCCUGAGUCGACGACGGCGAAGACGGCAGUAAUUAUGGUUUAUGUCGGCUUGGGCGUGGUUCUCUUGACAUUUCUCUCUGUUGCUUGCUGGAUGGUGGCCGCAUUACGUCAGGUUGCCAGGGUGCGCCUGGAGUAUCUGAAAUCCGUCCUUCGGCAGGAUAUCGGCUGGCACGACGGUCACAGUCCGGGUUCCCUCACGGCGCGUGUGACGGGAGAUAUGCAUGUGUUACAGAAUGGCAUUAACGAUAAGCUGGGACAGGGGAUCACAAAUUUAUCAAUGGGCGUCUUGGGCUUUGUCUUUGGCUUUGCCCUGGCAUGGGAGCUUGCCCUGGUCCUCUUGGGAAUGAUGCCGGUGAUUGCCUUGAUGGGGGCGAUAAUCGGGAACGUCAUGGCGAAAAUGUCGAAUUCGACCCGUGAACAUUUUGCGGCGGCCGGCUCCAUCGCGACGGAGGUCAUGGAGAAUGUGCGAACUGUGCAAAACUUUGGGAGGGAGGAUUACGAAGUGGGGCGUUUUGAGGCCGCCGUUCUGAGUGCGCAGCGGGCGGGCGUCAAGAAGGAACUGCUCAAUUCAACAGCUUCUGGAAUGGCAAUGGCCGUUAUUUUUGUCACCUACACCAUUGCCUUUUUCUUUGCCUCGUACCUUAUCCAGUGGGGCCGCCGCGACGUGGGCGACGUCGUCGCCUGCUUCCUGGCUGUGCUUAUGGGAAGCUUUGGCAUCGGGUUCGUGUCGCCUUCGUUGACGGCGUUUGCCGAGUCGCGGGCUGCGGCGUACCACGUCUUUCAGACGAUCCAGCGCACGCCGGUUAUCGACGUUGACGCCGUCGGUGAACCGGUGCGGGGCUUCAGUGAAACCAUUGAGUUUCGCCAUGUGCGUUUCGCGUACCCCACGCGCCGCGACAUGAAACUAUUUGAGGACCUCUCGCUCGUCAUUGAGCGUGGGCGUCGGGUGGCGUUCUCGGGUGCCUCGGGUUGUGGGAAGUCGUCGAUCAUCGCUCUCAUUCAGCGUUUCUACGACCCCAUCGACGGGGACAUUUUUGUGGACGGUACUGACAUGCGAAAACUCUCGCUGAGGCAGUGGCGUGACCAAAUCGGUGUCGUGUCACAGGAGCCGAACCUGUUUGCCGGCACCAUGAUGGAAAAUGUUCGCGUCGGCAAGCCCGAUGCAACGGAAGAAGAGGUUAUUGAGGCAUGUAAGCACGCAAAUAUUCACGACACCAUCAUGAGCUUGCCGGAUAUGUACAAUACAUCCGUUGGUGCUGUUGGCUCGCAGCUCAGCGGGGGACAAAAGCAGCGGCUUGCCAUUGCGCGUGCCAUUGUGCGGCACCCUGCCAUUCUGCUCCUCGAUGAAGCCACAAGCGCACUGGACCGGAAGUCGGAGUUGGAAGUGCAGGCAGCACUUGACCGCCUGAUGGAGGAAGGAAGCAUGACCAUCAUCGUUGUGGCGCACCGACUGGCGACAAUUCGUAAUGUCGAUCGCAUUUACUAUUUCUCAUAUGAUGGGGUGAAGGGGAGCGCGAUUGAGGAGGUGGGGACAUUUGAUGAGCUGCUGGCGAAGGGUGGCAAGUUUGCCGCCAUGGCCACGUCGCAGGGUGUUGGGCUUCAGUUUUCGGCAGGGGCCCAAAAGCUUCAGGCGCUGGCAGAGGGUGAAGAUCGUAUCAACACGUUUCUUGAUGACGACGAACUUGCCAAACUGGACGAAGAACAGCCACGGACGGAGCGUCAGAUGGUGCCCUUUGAAGAGUUGGCGAAGUGGGAAGCGAAGCGCGCAAAGGUGGGCGUGAGACGCCUCAUUUCGCUUACGAAAGGAAAGACGGUUCACAUUGCGUUUGCCGUCUUGGGAUCCGCUAUCACUGGUGGCACGGCACCAGCUAACGGUGUACUGUUUGGUAAAAUUCUCGCCGUUCUGGGAGGAUACUCCGUUGAUCACGAUACCCCAGCUCUGCGAAAAGGCACAAAUACUUACGCUCCUUUAUUCCUUGUCAUGGCGGUUGUGAGCUUUGCAGGGUGGAUGUUGCAGUCUCUCUAUGGUUACGCUGGCGAGCAUCUGACAACGAAGCUGCGUGUGAUGCUCUUCUCUCAGAUCCUACGGCAGGAUAUGAGCUUCUUUGAUAUCCCUGGCCGUGACGCUGGCACGCUCUCAGGCAUGCUUUCUGGCGAUUGCGAGGCUGUACAUCAGUUAUGGGGACCAUCGAUUGGUCUCAAGGCGCAGACCUUCUGCACCAUUGCGGUUGGUGUCGUUAUUGCCUUUAUAUACCAAUGGAAGUUGGCACUUGUGGCGCUGGCAUGUGUUCCACUGGUGGCGCUGGGCAACUUGGUGCAGCACCAGGUGGCGUUGGGACUAACACAAAAAAAUCAAGGGACAGCCUCCGAUACUGUUGUUACCGAGGCACUUUCCAACAUCCGCACCGUCACCUCGUUUAACAUAAAGGAUGAUCGUGUCGCCAUUUUCCGCGAGCUUGUGCGGCAGGAGGUUCCGAGAGACACGAAGAGAAGUAUUUGGAUUGCCCUCAUAUAUGGCAUCAGUCAAUUCAUGUUCUUUGGUGCCUAUGCGCUUUGCUUCUGGUACGGUGGGAAACUCAUUAGUGCGGGCGAGGCCACCUUUGAGAGGGUGAUUAUCGCCUCUAUGGCCGUUCUCCUGGGCGCAUCAGGCGCCGGUGAGGCCGGUAGUUUCGCGGCAAAGGCAGCAAAGGCCUCGGAGGCAGCGAACCGGGUCUUCAGCGUCAUUGACCGCGUUCCUGACAUUGACGUCUACCGUGAAGGGGAGAAGCUGACAGACGAGGGUUGCGACAUCACGUUCCGUAAGGUGAAGUUUAUUUACCCCGCCCGACCGAAACAGCUGGUGCUAGCCGCUGUAGAUGCGAACUUCCGCAAGGGCACCACGAACGGUCUCAUGGGACAGACAGGUUGUGGCAAGUCAACCAUCAUUCAAAUUCUGGCGCGUUUCUAUGACUAUCGCAGCGGGAAGGUCUUCAUCAAUGGCAAGGACCUCCGUGAACUGGAUGUUUCGGCGUGGCGCGAGUCCAUCAGUAUUGUGCUGCAGGAGCCGGACCUCUUCAGUGGAACGGUGCGGGAUAACAUUCGUUACUCCUCUCCUUCCGCCACAAACGAGGAAGUGGAGGAGGCCGCCCGAUUGGCGGGCAUCCAUGACGACAUCCUGAGGUGGCCUCAAGGGUACGAUACGGGUGUGGGGUACAGGGGUCGUGCUCUUAGCGGCGGCCAAAAACAACGUGUGGCGCUCGCGCGUGGCUUUCUUCGCCGUGCCAAGCUCCUCCUUUUGGAUGAAGCAACAUGUGCACUUGACAACGUGACUGAGGAGCGAGUUCAGGAGGGCAUCAACGAAUACCAGCGGAGGCACGGAGUCACCGUCAUCAGCAUUGCCCACCGCCUGACGACAAUCCGUCACUGCGACCAAAUCAUACUGCUUGACAGUGGCCGUAUUCAUGAGUGUGGGAGCCACGAAUACCUCAUGUCCCUGAAUGGUGAAUACAGGACGCGGUGGGAGCUCUACGCGAAUGUCACAACUUAG